AUGAGGGACUUGUACGAGAUAAUACGGUUAUCAGGUAAAACACCCGAAUAUGGUAAGGAACUAGUGGCCCACUCCGCUAUGACGGAUAUAUCAAUCAAUAUACUUUUAACAAUUCUCUUUUGCUUUCAGAGCGGAUCUUAUAGUGAUCAGACUACAAAUGAGGGUGGCGGCGGCGGAGGUUCACCUAAUUCCGACACCAACAGCGUUGCUGAACCCUCUAGCGACCAGCUGGCGAUGGAAUCAUCAGAAAGAGAAACCCCAAGUCACGCUUACAACGGUCCACCUCCACCCGUGCCACCUCCUCACGUCACAAACCGAAGACAAAAUGGACCCCACCACCAGUCACACCACCCAAUAGGUAUGCCUCGUAUUUCUAAUCAUCAACAAAUUCAUUCAAAGCCCUUCGCCCUUGGACCUCCUGUGAAUCAUCAUAAAAAUGACAUUGGAUCUGGAUUCCGAGGACCGCCCCCACCCCAAGCUCCACCAAGUGAUGCUCAAGCCUCAGCCAGUGACAAGGUCUACAGUACUACUGGUGACGUUUGGCCUGCCCCAGCUCCUGAUAUGCCGAAAAUUUUAUCCCUCGACGUCAAGUGUGAAAAGAAUGCCAUGAGAGUAUUUCUCAGUUUUGACAAACCAUUCUUUGGUAUCGUUUUCUCCAAAGGACACUAUUCUAACCAUCAAUGUGUUCAUCUUCCACCAAAUCUAGGCAGAUCUUCAGCCUCUUUUGAAAUUGGUGCACACGCGUGUGGCACAGCUGGAAGCGGAGAUCCAAGAUAUCGUAGCGAUGUUGCUGCAGCUGGCACGUACUUUGAAAAUGUUAUUGUCAUACAAUAUGACCCACAAGUCCAAGAGGUUUGGGAUCAGGCACGCAAACUGCGGUGCACGUGGCACGACCAGUAUGAAAAAGCUGUGACUUUCCGUCCCUUCCCCGUAGAUAUGUUAGAUGUGGUUCGUGCCGACUUUGCUGGCGAUAAUGUGGGAUGCUGGAUGCAAAUACAAGUUGGUAAAGGUCCUUGGGCUUCUGAAGUAUCCGGAUUAGUUAAAAUAGGUCAGACUAUGACUAUGGUAUUAGCGAUUAAAGAUGAUGAUGCAAAGUUCGAUAUGUUAGUCCGUGACUGUGUAGCUCACGAUGGUCAACGCGCCCCUAUACAAUUAGUCGAUAGGCGUGGCUGUGUAACUAGACCAAAACUAAUGUCGAGGUUCACGAAGAUAAAGAACUUCGGAGCUAGCGCAUCAGUACUCUCAUACGCGCAUUUUCAAGCUUUCAAAUUCCCAGACUCCAUGGAAGUACAUUUCCAAUGUACUAUUCAGAUUUGUAGAUACAGAUGCCCAGAACAAUGUACUGAUGCACCUCAUAAUGUUAUUGGCCCUCACGCUGAAUACGGACCACCUCAAAUUGAUCAGUCAUAUCCCGUAAGUGUUGAAAUAAGGAGGGAUGAAAGAAGAGUAAGGAGGCAACGUAGAGCCACCUCACCUGAAAAGGAAGUUGGCGUUAACAGAGUUAUCCGAGUUGUGUCCGCCGGAGACCUGAAUUUAGAUAACAAUGAAGAAUCAACCGCUCCUAAAAUCGUUCCCACACCCGGACUUGUUUGCAUGACCACGCCAGGAUUUGCUGCCACACUUGGAACCCUUCUUGCCACUCUUAUAUGUUCAUGUGCAGUAUCUGCAGUAUUAUUCUUUAAAUUGCGUCCCAUUACAAAACUUAAAAAGAAAACUGCUGCUAUUAGUACGAUACCACGACCACACCCAACCACAGGACCGCAUGUCAUUUCGAAAAGCCGAUUUUAUUCGUAA